GCGUGAGGCACCUCAAGUUUACACUCUACUGGCACCAUUCAAUAUAUUGUGUUGCAUUGACUACACAACAUCGUCAAUCCUUAUACUGAGCUGUGACGCGGAAUUCUUGGCAGGUGUCGUAGGAUCGUGCUUAGGGCUAUCCUACCAGAUUUCCGGAAAGCCGUCACUACACAUCUUAGCUAUAGGAUAACAAUACCUUGAUCGUUAUCCAAUAUGGUCCUCGAAACCGCCUUUACCUUCUCCAAAAGGGUACUCCCUCCGCAAUACUACCCCCACGCUGCAAUAUCAGGGUUGGCCCUACUGGUCACAUACGCUUUUGCCCAAGGUCGUACAACGACCAGAGAUCGAGACCUGCAUGCUCGUACGGUUCUAGUGACAGGAGCCUUCACACCUCUCGGUUUGACACUCGUUACCGCACUUGCUUCUCGCGGUGCUCAUGUCAUUGCAAUCUCUCCAUAUCCUUUGGAGCAUUCCCAGCCUACACUCCUAAUCCCUCUCCUUCGUUCCACUACGAAGAACGAGAAUAUCUAUGCCGAGUACGCCGAUCUCUGCUCACCGGAAUCGAUACGAGCCUUCUGCACCAAAUUCCUCACGGAAGGUGACCAGAGACUUGACGCUAUAGUCUUUGGUCACGAGUACCAUGGGAUUGGAUCAUUGUUUGAUUCGAAAGUGUCAAGGGAACAACAACGCGACGCCGCCUCUCUAGCUUCGUUCCUGAUCGUCACUCUCCUCCUCCCAGUAUUGCUCGUUGCACCCGUUGAACGCGAUAUUCGCAUCGUGACUAUCAUAAAUCCAUUCUACGCAGCAGCCUUGCCCUCGUUCUCCAACACACUCGCUUCUGCCUUCGCCACUACUGAAUCUCAACAAACUACUAAGCCUGAAUCGGUCUUUUUGGCUGAAGGUCGUCGAGCACUUCGUACUGCGGUUCUGACACGGCAUUUGCAACGAGUGCUUGAUGCAUUGCCCAAUCGUGGGCCUUCACUUGAUGGUUCGAGUAAUUCGAAGGAUGCACCGAAUGCCCAUGCCCCGCCCACAAAGCCUCGUCAUUCGAACAUCAUUUCCGUCUCCGUGUCUCCCGGUAUCAGUCGAGCGGAUACUAUGGCACCGUUACUACAUGCUGAUAGAGAAUCUACUUGGUCAUUGCGAGGAUUUCUCAUAUACUUCUUGCUGUACCCACUGCUUUGGCUUUUCACAAAGUCCCCGAUCGCAGCACUUCAAUCUGUGCUUCACGCCCUAUUCCUCCCGACUCCAUUCAAACGCGCUCUCGCUCAAGUCUCUGCAGCCACCGAUCCCUCUUCUUCCUCUGAAUCAAACAAGCAAGGAGAUAUCGAUGAUAGAUUACCCGAGGAAGUCCUCAAACCUGGUGCACUGUAUAGGGAAUGCUCGGUUGUGACGCUUGGAGUGCCUCCACUUCCUUCGAAGUUUAUUGAAGCGAUGGAAGAUGCAGAAAGGAAACGGAAGGAGAAGGCGGGGAAGAAAGGGAAGAUGGAAGAGGAUGCGUUUCCGUUGGAGGAUGAUGGGGAGUUUGGUGGGGAGAUGGUUGGGCGGACGGUGUGGGAGUGGUAUGAGAUGAAGUUGAAGGAGUGGGAGGCAAGGGAGAAGGCUAACAAGGCGGUUGAGAAGGAAAGUAAGGACACUGCUCAGCUUGCAGAAUCCUCGAAGCCUUCUACUACUUCAUAACUUAUAUGUCUGACCUUUGUUGCUGGAUUUUUACAUCCUCGUAUUUGGACAAUGCAUUAUUAUACAUCGAGAUUAAGCGUAUGUCGUUAGCCUUGGCUCUCUCACAUCAUAUCGUUGCAGUAGUACUAAUCGUCCUAGUCCUCGUCCCA